AGGGCUUUCGGUUUCUACGCUUUAUGGCUUUUUCGUUUGUGCGUUUUCCUGUUUAAACGCUUAUAGUAGUAAAUAGGUUUGGGACGUACAAACGUCUAAUUUUGGAAUAGAAUUAAUCUCAAAAAUAAUAAAACGGAAUUAGAAGCGAAAAUUUGAAUUUGCAAUAUCUGAGUGACGCCGGCCACCUUAAGCCUCGGAGUCUUAAAAUCUCCAAAGGCCCACAGGCAUACGCGCAACAAAGGCUAGAAUAAUUCAUCAUGUCAGACUCUGGUUCAGAAAGUUCCUCUUUGGAGGGUUAUGAUGGAAGGAGAGAUCGUAUUACAUCUGCUGACAAUGUGGCAUCACCAAUCUUCUCACAUCAUUCGUCUGUAUCUGGACAUAAAUCUAGAGCAAGUUCUGCUUCUUCAAGAGAGAAGUCACCCGGAUCUGUUAUGUCAGAAAGAGAUUCAAAAUCACCAAGAUAUACACCAAUAUCUCCAAAAUCUCAAAGGUCUGGAUUAGCAUCUCCUAGCGAAGUGGGUUCUCCAAGAUCAAUGCGUAGUUUAUCUAAAUCACCACCUGUUUCACCAAAAUCAUAUCAUUCAGGAAAUAAUUCUUUGGAUUCACCAAGAACUGAUCAUAGUUUAUCGCACUCGCCUAUGCAAGAUGAAAGGUCAUGCCCAUCUACUCCACAUGAUUCCAAAUCUUUACACCUUGAAGAUACAGAACCUAAACAGUUUGAAUUGGAAGUAGAUGCACAAAGAUCUGGAGAUAAUUCUCUGAAAUCAUAUUCUUAUAAGAAUAGUGAAUCAAGACAAAGUUCACCAAAAUCACCAAGAUCUGGACAUAGCUCAGCAAAAUCAUUAAUGUCUGGAAGAAGUUCUCCAAAGUCAGGUCCAGCAUCUCCUAUGGAUGAUCAAGAAUCAGAAAAACAUUCACCACCUCAUUCCCCACCAAUAAAAACUUCAUUUAAUGAAUUGGAUGGAGAACAAAUUUCAGAUGGAGAUAUUGAAGAUGAACCUGAAUCAAUAACUAAAUUGAAACCUACACCAAUUACACAUGGUGAAGAUUUGUCAGAUGUUUCUGAUUUAGAAAGUAUAGAUGGAGUUGAUGGAACUACUGAACAUGAAUCGAUACUCAAAGAAAACCAGCUAAAUGAAGAAAAACGUAUUAAUAGUGAUAAAAUAGAAAAAGAAGAAAAAAAUACACCUGUUGGAUUAACAGAAGAAAGUGAACAAUUAGAUUUUGAAGCCGAUGGUCAAUGGAAAGAUGAACGUGAUGAAGGUGAAACAGAAGGACCAAUUAUUAAAGAAAAUAAAGAUAAAGAUGAUAAAGAUGGAAAAGAUAAAGAUAAGGAUAAAAUGAAAUCAAAAGAAGGUAUUGAUGGAAAUGAUAAGGAAGAAGGAGAGGAAGAUGGGGAAAAAGUAGAAUCUGAAUUAGAAGAAGGAGAACUUAGUGACGGUGAUGAUGCCAGGCCAGAAGAAACAGAACCAAGACCUGUUUGUCGCUUUUAUAAUCGAGGUCAAUGUACAUGGGGAGUUAGUUGCAGAUUCUUACACCCAGGUGUAACUGACAAGGGUAAUUAUACCAUGUUUGACAUGGUAAGACCAAUGGCAUAUGCUCCACAUGCAGCUGCUCCACAUGAAUUCAGACCUCACAUUGAUAGACCAAAUAUGGUGCGACCAUUACCUGGGUACGGCGCACCAACACAUACACCAAAAAUAGAAGAUAUUCCUACUGAAUCUGCAUGGGAACGUGGAUUACGACAUGCUAAGGAAAUGAUGCGGAAAGCAAAUAAACGCAAAGAAUCAGAUAUGGACUUUGAAGAGAAGAAAAUGAAUUUAAGUUUAGGACAAGAUGAAUUAGAUAGGGAAGCAGGAUAUUAUGUAAGAGCAGCUAGCCCAGAACCACCUGUUGAAAGGUGGCCACCUAGAGAGGCACCAAGAAGGAUACCACCACCAAGACUGUCACCAGAGAGAUAUAUUGAUGAUCCUGAUCCUUAUUAUGUACCAGCAACAGCACCACCAGAAUAUUAUAGGAGGGUACAUUAUAAAGCUGAUUCUCGAGUUACUACUGAAUAUAGAGAACGUAUCGAUUAUCAUGCAAUACCCCGUGGAACGCCUCACUCCGUUUCUCCACCACCACAUGCUAGAGAAAGAGAAAGAGAAAGAGAAAGAGAACGUGAACGCGAUAGAGAACGAGAAUAUUAUGAAAAAUAUGAAAAGAAGCAUAAGCGUCCAUCAAGAGAAGUCAUAGUAGAACGUAUUCCACCAACUAAACCUUGGCGAGAGGAAGAACCACCACCAGAAGAGAGGAGUAGAGGAGAUGAAUGGGCAGAUCCUUGGAUGCGUCGAAAAUCUCCGAGUACAGUACGCCGAAAUACAUCAUCUCGACGAUCACGAAGACAAUCAUAUUCUUCAGGCUCUUCGUAUUCGUCAACAAGUUCUAGCCGUAGCUCGAGCCGCUCUAGCUACAGUUCUUACGACUCCCUAUCCAGGUCCCGUUCACCAUCUCCUCCCUCUAGAACCCGUGGUGCUGGCAAAGGGAAAACAGUGGUAACAUCGCCACCUUCUAAUCCUCCUACGGUUGCAGCUGCUGCACCUCAACGUGGUGCUAUGUUAAUGAAUCCACCUGCUCCUUCUCCUCGUCCACCUAAAGGCUCCAUUUCUCCUACAACUGGUACACUUCAUCGACGUGCUGGUCUCAACCCACCUGCACCAAGUCCACUUUCUUCUCAUCAACGUCAUCAUGAGAAAGCAAGAGACAAAGCAGCAAUAGCAGCCGCUGCAGUAGCUAAAGUUAUUAAAAGUCGAUCGAGAUCGAGGUCUUCACACAGUAGUUCAGGUUCAGAAAGCAGCGGUAGCAGUAGUGAUUCUAGUGAGUCGAGUUAUUCCUCUUCUUCCAGUGAAACACGUCGAAGGAAAGGUUCCACUCCACCAGUAACACGAAAAGAUUCCAAGGGUAUCGAUGCUUUAAAACUUAGUGGUACUAAACAGCAAAUCAAACUUACAUUAAAGCCAACAAGUAAUACUGCGGUUAUAAAAAAAGUCGAUCGGUCUGCUUUAAUGGCUGGAAAAAAGAGAGGGUUAGAAUCGCCACCAUUAAUUGAUAGUAAAGCAAGCGUCGCUGCAGCUGCAGCCAAAGCAGCCAAAAAGGCAAGUUCACGACGGGAAGAACUGUUAAAACAACUUAAAGCAGUAGAAGAUGCAAUUGCGCGUAAGAGAUCGAAAGUUUAAUAAUACAGCACAGAUUUAUCAUUUUGAAAACAUGUAUGUAUACAAAUGCAGACACAAAUAUU